AUGGCAAGUUUGAGACUCAGCGUUGGAGGGAAGAUAUUUGAGACGACGUUGGCAACCCUUUACAAAGCCGCCGCAGACUCGCCACUCAGAACCAUAUUGGUGGGUUGUGGGUAUCUGGAUUGUAAUGCACUUUUUAUCGACAGAGACCCGGCUUGCUUCGGUGUCCUCCUUAAUCUUCUUCGAACCGGUCAGCUUUCUGUUCCUCCGACCAUUCCCGACAACCUUCUCUUCCGAGAAGCCCAUUACUACGGACUCCUCGACCAGCUUCGGGCCGCCAGACAUGUCCGCUUAGACGCUGGGAAUUUCAAGCUUGCAUCCUCCAUAACUGGCCGGACUCUGCUGAAACCAAAUGCAUUGAUUAGAGCGAGUCCCAACGGCGGCUGCUCGGUCGCCAAUGGCAGAGUUUUCCACGUCUACGAUUGGACGCUCCAACAACUCCCCACUGCAAACCUUGAUUACAUGAAGAUUGUGGGUAUGGAGUGGUGCGAUUCACAAAACAUCUUGAUUAGUGGUUGUAACAACUCAUAUCAAAACACGGGUGGUGGUGGAAUCGGUCUCUUCAACCCACGAACUGCACAACUUAAGUACAAAUUCAAGUUUACUUCUCAUGAAGGAGGAGACGAUAAUGAUCAAUUUUCUUGUGUGACGCCUGGAAAUCUAGCAGUCGAUUCAAGCAACAAAAUGAUGUACUGCUGUUGUAAAGAUGAGUCGUAUGGGAAGCAGAUGAGUGGCAUUGGGGCUUGGGACAUAACAACAGGCCAGAAGAUUGGUUUCAGCUGUGAUCUUGGCGUGGACGCCUUCAAGCUCCAAUGGCUGCCGAUUAGGAACUGUUUAAUGGUCGCAAUCAGCUGCAGCCAUCAAUGCAAUAAUAAUUUUAUAAGUAUAAUGGACCCAAGAGUGAAAGACGUGCAUUUGGGUUGUUGGGAACGUGGUCGUUCCUACCAUCUGAAACAUGAAGGAAAGUUAGUAGAUGCAGUGGGGAUUGAGGAAAGGAACUGUGUGUGUGUAAUGAAGAAGAAUGGUCGUUUUGGUUUCGUGGACUUGAGGAUGCAGCUUGGAAGUGAUCACGAAGAAGAACUCUUUCCUUUUGUUGAGGAUCAAAGGUUGAGAUGUAAUUCUGAUGAUGAUGAAGGGCCAAAUCUGGGAUGGCAUGGAGGGAGCUUGUUUUGCUCCAUACGAAAUAUAAUCGUGUGUAUUGUGGGGCUGGAUCUGAAUGGAAAUUGGGUGCUGAAGUUAAACCCAAACAUGGAGGAGGACGCAUCCAUGGCUUUCCUGUUGGAGGGGACACCUUAUUUUCACUUCAUUCUACUGCACAAGGACGUUGGGAUUAUGAGGAUCUCUAUGAGAUUAAUGUAUGGCAGACACCACCAUCACCCUUAA